AUCCAGGAUAUUUUUGCUUUUUGAAUAGUGACCAACGCUAACGCAUCGCGUAAAAAAAGGAGGGUUUUCUUUUCCUAGUGUUGUGUAGUUAAGUGUAGCAGAUUUUUUUUUUAAGACCAGCUUGCUUCAUACUAGUAUUCUCUCUAAGUAAAUGUAGCUAGACCAUGUCCUCCGGCGACGUCCACAUCGACGGCUCCGCAGAUCGAAGUCGUUGAAGUAGAAUCUCGAAAGGUCAUUUCCAAGAACCUGACCUUUACUCCCGCAGCAUAUUUUUUUCCGAAGAAAGCGCAAACGCGACCGCUUCUUCGUUACAUGGUAUCGAUGACGUACCCACUUUGAUCCCUCACGAACUUUACCACUCGUCUCACCGUCGCGCGCCCCUUCCUUCUACCACUGUCACCGAUCUUCGAAUCACGAACCUCGGUAUAACACAACACCCGUGAACAAACCAGCUUUCUAUGGUAAUCCGGAAUAACAUCAACCUCAACAGCAUCUUCUUCAGCCGUUCCGAAGAUAAAUUUAAAUGUCUACAACCCACGUCUUAAUAGUACUACCUACAUGAUGAAGUAGACUACACGCCGUUCCCUUCCCUUCUCUUCCAAGUGACGACUACUUUACCAACGACUACUACUUCCAAGCGCUCGCGGAAAGAUGAAUCACGUUCCGGAGAAUUUUGGGGCUUCGAUUCCUCGCUUCUCCCCUACCCCCUCAGGAAGCACCUUCCAAUAUCAUAUAGCAAUACGGCACGGGCUUCAAGAAUGGGAAGUAAUCAAGCGAUUCAGCGACUUCGACGCUUUGUUGUACCAAUUGGAUGACUCGAGGUAUGGAAAUUUGCCCAAGUUACCGCCAAAAACGCUAUCUAGACCAUUAGACGUGGAAUCAGCGACAGAGAGGCAAAAAGCGUUACAACGACUAUUGCACGAACUCUUGCAGAGGCCAGAUUUGAGAUGCAGUCUGCCAGUGAAGGACUUCUUGGAGGUACUUAAACUUCGAUUGAUUUUGUUUUUCUGGUAAAUAAUUCAGAUAUUCUGUCCACAAAGCAUGGACGUCAAGAACACCUCUUCGGUUCGAUGAAAUCACAAGCGACAUGAUCAUUGGAUCAUCCACAAUUCCUCCUACAGGUCGAGUCUCGCAUUUCCACCCUAGCGGACAAGAACCUCCAACCUGCCAUCAUGCGCACGUUUGAGGAUCCGCGCUAUUCCGUCUCUUCCAUCGUCCCAGUCCCCAGAGAAACAUGCGUGCUUGCUGUACAGCAAGACGCUAGUAGUCUUUCGCGGUUGGGUCGUGUCUGGACGAUAGUAGAGCCUGACGAGCUAGGGAUUGUGCACUUGUGGCAACAUACGGGAGAAGGAGGUUGGAGCCGGAAAGAAGACAUUAGUUGUCAUCAAAAGCCAGUUUGCGUAUUGCAUGAUCCGGUGACAGAGAAGAUAUUCGCGGGAUUUAACAACGGACAAGUGAAAGUGCUUGGUACUGACUAAGAUUUGUGACCUUAGUACUGCUUUAGAUUUGUGACAGCAUUUUGUCUUCGUAUGGGGUGGCUGUAACUGAUUACUGAGAUAUUAGUACACCGAUCCCGGGGCGUGUGCGUAUCUAUUCCGCCUGGCGCAUGCUGGGAAAGUGCUAGCGCGUGGCUGGCUGGGUGGUGUUUUGGUGAAUUCCGCCGGGGCCAGAGCGUCCAGAGCAGCCGCCCUGCGCGGUGCUUGUGGGCGUGGCUUGCUCAGACGUGUGCAAACUCUUACGGAGGACUCCCCUGCGGGUUCAGCGCCCGGGGUGGCUGCGUCUUUUGCGGCGAUGGCAGGCGCCGCAGCAGCAGCCGACGGAAGUAGGCGCAAAGAGUUCCGCCGCCCCUUCCGCCUCUAAUCGGCAGCAGCCAAUGGGCUCGCUUAUCGCCUAACCCGGUCGACAAAGACAAAGCCGACGCGCCUAGAAAGUGCGACCCACUCGCCGCCCGCACAUUCUGCGACCCACUAGGGACACAAGGAGAAAGCCCGAGGGAGCAGGGCUCUGCCUCUUCUGCGGGUUGUGGCUGCGCCACUUGAUAAGGCUCACUACGGUCACCAGCCCAAGAGUGAAAAGGUGAGAGCCUUAGGACCUUGCGGGCGCUCUUCGUGGCUUUUGGCUUCGGUCCACAGGGAGAGGGCCGCGGAUGGCGAGACGCGUGUAGCCUUGGCAGCGGCCACCUUCGCUGCCUGGGUGCGCCAUCCUUGAUAAUGUAUCCAACUGGCUCGGCGAUUUCGGGGAGGCGAUCGAAGGACCCGGAAGGCCGCGCGGCGUUGGUGACGCUGCUCAAAGCCCUCGGGCAGCCCUCACGGAUUGGCGCACGGCGGAGCUCUGCAGGGUUCGGCCCAAGAGUGUGGGCGAACAUCUUGGUGCGUAGGUACUCGAAGCAGCUCCCGCGCGCCCCCGAUCCAGUGCACAUGACACCGAGGGAAACGGAACGCGCAGCGCCCCGCGGUGCUUCUGGUAGGUUAUCAGAGUGGGCUGCUCUUGCGGGGCUUCUUUUGUUGCCCCCGCUUGGAACGGUGGGGGCCACGGUGGUGGUGAGGGUGGCGGGCAGUUUCGUGACGCGGUCGCAGCGAUUCAGCGAAAAAAGUCCCACGCAGCGCGGGGCCUCGGUGACAGGGGUGGGCUUGUUUGGCUCGAACGCAGGCAAAAGACGGCCUGCCGGCGGGCUCCUCUUCUCGUCGAUAAUCGUCGCAGAAGAGAGGCGCCGCCUCGGCGCUUAUUGCUGGUGGGUGAAUAGUGUCACACAAACAAUGCCACCAAGCCCGAACACUGACCAGCGGGGUUCCCCGGCUUUUGCUUAUGCGUCACUGGCGGAAGCGAACCAGAACUGCUGCCGCGGGCCUUGGCGGGGUCUCCAGGGUGUUAGGGCCUUUCCGCGUCGUCGUGGUUAGGAAGCUGGGUAAGGAUAUGAGUAGUGAGGACUGCCCACGAGGUGACGCAGCGGGGGGCACUUCCGCGCUGGGCUUGUUUUUUCGGUUUUUUGUAGGCGAAGGCUUGCUCAGGGGUGCCGCUGUAUUGGUGUCUCUGAUGGUGCAAGAGCGGGAUGAGCCUGGGAACCUGAAGGAGCCAAGCCGCCCCCCCGGCAAGGGAGUGGCUGCGCCUGUCUUGGUUGAGUCAAGUGGGUCAGCCUGGCUUGAGUCCCAAGCAAGGAUGUGGUGCUUGUUCUCUUCGGUGGCACUGAUACCCUCGCCAGCAGGCUCCAUGCUGUUCGCGUGUGAUCUACGACCACCCACGCUGCCGGCCGCUGCUGCGCUGCGCGCUGGCGUCGAGGUGUUUAGUUUACCUUGGUCAGGGAAGGGAUCCCUGAAUCACAGCGGUAGCGCUUCCUGAAUAUGUAGCUGACCAACGAACUGGCUGUUCCUGAUGGAGUAUCUUCUAGUCCUUUGCCUUAAGUAGGCAUUGAUUAAGCUAGAUUGAGGUCCCACAGGUGCCUCCUGCGCUGCUGUCAUUCAGGAUACUUCAUUGUGAUCCGACUCUUCAUCGUCAUAAAUACAUUUCAUUUCCACGCCUCCCAAAGCAAUUUACUUACCUAUAAUAUCCCGACCACCUAUAACUACAGGUCUCGAUCUCACACGCACGGUGAAACGAGUUUUUGCCAAUGAUGUAAUCCAAAUGCAUCAUAUGGCUUCGGUCGUGGAUAUGUCCUUGGCUGGUGGGCGGCUGUUGUCCAUAGGAUAUGACGCUAGUAUGCGGAUAAUAGAAACCGGAUCCCAUGCCAUCUGCGGGGGAGGAAAAAUCGGCAAGCGCCUUCCGGAGGACGUAUACCUAACCAAAUGUUUUCUGGAUGCAGACUGUGGAAGGGCGUUUCUGGGCACUAGUGGCUUUGAUGUUUUGGUGUUCUCGGUGGAAAAGAUUAUGGCAUCAUUUGGUCAGUAGAAUAUUUUUUUUUAAAGCACGCAUGCUGCAUGGAGUAGCAUGGAGCGCAUGGAGCGCAGAGCUUUAAGGGGCGCAAGAAGCUCCCCCUUUAGCUCCAUGCUACUCCAUGCGAUCCAUGCACUCCAUGCCGUGCGAGCUGUGAAACCUUAUAAAUUGCUCUGGCCAAUAAGAUGAAUACGGAACAGGAUCAGUAGGUAAACCAGAAGAUGAGGAUGACUUCUGCUAUAAUUCCGACCAUAUCCAUAACCAACCUAGACUAGUAGUACCCAUUCCUUCCUGAAGAAAUGAACGUUCUGCUUCGCUUGAUCAUGGAUGAGUAGAAUGAUGAAGCAACGUGUUGUUCAACUUACGCAACGUGUUCAAGAAGUUACUUUGCCGACGACCGGAUCCACAGCAUCUCCUCUAAUCUGAACCCUCCGGAGUUCUUGUAUCAUUUCGAGUUUCCGUCAAACAACAACAUCGACAUCUUGUCCGUGAGCCCUUCGCAAACCAAUCUCCUGCCGAUUCCCCUAGACGGCCGCUACGUCUCUGGCAUUGCGCGUGCCAACAACGUGAUCGCCAUCGCGCAUUCAAACGAAGUAGCCUUGUUCCCCUACAUGCCGGCUAAACACGAAGACAGGUUGUUCAAGAAGAAGAUCGUGGACUUCUGCGCCUAUGAGGACAGCCACAUCGUGGACUGCUCAGUCGCUAGCGAAAGGAGUGUCAUCGUUGCAGGAUACAGCAAUGGUGGCGUGGCAAUUUGGAACUACGAGGCGCCGACGCCGUUGCUGGUUGUACAAGCACACGAGGGUGGCGUGUCCAGGGUCUUGUGGCUGGAUUCGACGCAUCCCUGGGGACCUGCGUUGUUGACUGGCGGUAACGAGGGUAAAGUUCACACUUGGUCCUUUGACGCGGAUAUCUUCGUAGACUACAAACACUGGACGCCGAACAAGAGUCUGCCAUCGGCUACGACUGCGUCAGGGGGAAUAGGAGGAGCUAACGGAGUAGGUGGCACUUUAGGAGUGAAUGGCGGAGGCGGCGGGCUAGGCGAUAGUGGUCCGCGAAUCGUCGGGAAAUCUACCUUCGCAACGGAGCAAUUGUUGGCACAGUGUAAGGAGGAAACUCCAGAGCAAAGGCCAAUAAGAGCUGGACUACAAGUACCAGAGGCAACACUAUCAGCGCCAACACUGAAACAACCUGACGAAGAAGACUCGGAUGACGAUCUGAGGGGAGUGUUUUGAUAGUAUGUAAGGAACUGUGAGACUACUUUUGCCUUUCCAGCAUCCUUAUACACUGACUGUUGCCCCUUGAACAUGUUGGUGUUUGUCGUUCUCUUUUGUUCGGAGAAACCUUUUCCUUCCUAGACGUUAGCAUAACCUCCUCUACAUAGAUGAUUCCUCAUUUUUAGCGCACGCUUUGAGCUUGCGCAUCCUAAUCUAU